AUGUCUCGAGCCUGGAUAGAAGCUCUGCCUCGGCCGUUGCGAUCGCUGAGGCAGCCGCCAACGGCCUGGGAGCCUACCUGGAAGAGGUGGUCGAGCUCACAGUCGUCGCCAGUUUCCUCACAUGUCGCUGCGAGGGCAUCCAGAGGCGCAGCGAACCGAGUACACAUGCUGCCUGGGAGGCAAGCCCUCUUCACACCCAACAUCGCACUGCGGCAGGCACCACGACGCGGAUUUCGACUCACUUCGUGGCGGAGGAGUGCGGGGAGUGCGGCCGAGGUCAAGGAGAGCCUUUCCCUGUCUGACCGCUUCAAGAAGCUCACGAGGGAAUAUGGCAGAGCGGCGGUCGGGGUCUACUUUUUACUGAGCAUCUUGGAUAUGCCCUUCUUCUUCCUGCUUGUUCAAGCUGUGGGAACAGAAAAGAUUGCCUACGUGGAGCACAAGGUGGUGUCCGCGAUAACUACAUUUAUUCCAGAAUCCGUCCAGCAAAGCUUCUCCAGCGCCUGGUCUGCCGUCAAGGGCAUCUUCAAGGGCAAGAAAGACGCAGCAUCGGAGGCCCCGGUAGAAGGAUGGGGUGUUGAGGAAGCUCAGGAGCGGGCCAGCCACAACGCCAGUUUGGCAACGCAGCUUGCGCUUGCAUACGCCAUCCACAAGAGCUUCAUCUUUGUACGGAUUCCGUUGACCGUUGCGGUCACGCCCCGCAUCGUCAAACAGCUUCGAGCCUGGGGUUGGAACAUCGGCAAGAAGCUUGUGAAGGCUAAGCGGUAA